UUUACAUUAAAAAUGUCCGGAUUUAAACGUUAUUCUAAAAGCACUGCAAUUUUAUUCUUAAUUGUGAUUUUCCAAGUGACUGGGCCUUCGAUGGCAAGACCACUUCCUAAAGCUAAUUCUCAAGGAGGCAAUACGACCGCUGUUAGUGCAGGUGUUACGAUUCCAGUUGACAUUAAUGGUAACGCGAUUGCUACUUCAGGUCAAGCAUUUGUCACUGGUUCUGAUGAUGGUUCAGGAACUUUUGACGUUUCGGCAAGUGCUAGUGCAAAUCUUAGAGGUAUUCUUGAUGGGACUGGAGCUGGGGUUACUCUUGCAGCUACAGACAACGGACUAGCUGCGGCAGUACAAUCUGGAAUCCUAGCACUGAACGGUGGCCUUGAAAUCGAUGGCGUGACAGCGUUUGCUACAUAAGAUCGAGAAGUAAAUUGAUUUUUAACACAAAAUGGGACGCAAGCGAUGACUAAUGCUGUGGACUCAUAAGGAAAAUAAAAAAAGCUAUUUUAUUGGAAUUAUACCAUUUUUUUUAAACGAGAAAAGUAGCUUCAACAACCUUUGGCUUCAAAAUUUUAACCUUUAAAAAAAGUACAUUUAAACAAAAUGCACCCAAUAACAUUGACGUUUCUGCUUAAAGCAAUUUUGACAUCUUCAUAGAGUCGCAAAUUGACAACAAUUAAUUUUUUUUUUAAUUUUUAGAUUGUUAUGGGAAUUAAAAAUUGUUUCGCUGUUGUGCGAUUUGAUUUGCAUUUUGAAGAUUUUUCAAAUAUUUAAUAAUAAUAUAAAUAGUUUUGUUCACAUUUUCAAUAUCCGGUUUUAUCUUAAAUAGAUUCUACUGAAGAUUUUCCAAACCUUUAGUUUAUUGUAUCAAUGAUGUUUUCAAGAUUUUCAUUGCGUAAUAAAUUUAUUAAAAAUGUG